AUGCCAACGACUCUGUCUCUACUUCUGAGGUUGCCAAAUAAUCUGCGUCACUGGAUUCUUGGACAGUUAAUUUUAUUAAUUGGAGGGGCCUCCAUGCUAGGAUAUACCUCUGGUGUCAAUAACACUGGAGAUUUGAAGACGCUUCAUGCAGAUAUGGGCCUAAUUGCAUUGGGCGCGCUCCUUCCAUUUGGGGCAAUCAUCCCAAGAUACUUCAAGCAUCAUGAUCCUCAAUGGUUUGAUCGUCACAUCUCGAUCCAGAUUGUGGGUUUUCUUCUGGGUCUUGCUACUGUCGUUGCAGUAAGGGCACUCUACAAUGGACUGGAGUCCGAUGGCCUUCCCAAAUUCAACAUUCGCAGACCCCUCGGAUCCUUAGUGUUUUGCCUCAGCAUUCUUCAGGUAUUGGAAUUGAUUCCAAGACCGGACAAGACAUCCAAAUGGCGCAAGGACUGGAAACAUCACUGGGUAGGGAGACUUGCUCUCUUCUUGGGAGCUCUGAAAAUUGUGAUUGGACUUUUAGUGGCAGAGGCAGGCUCGGGAUGGAAGAUAGGAUAUGGGUUUCUUAUAACCUUCAUUCUUGUGACAGUCACCGUUUUGGACGUGUCCUUGGGGCUGGGGAGAUCCAACAAGGCAGAUGUGACUCCUGUGUUUGGAUGCAAUUAG